UCGAAAUCCAUGUCGUCCUGCCGCCGCCUGAAGGAGCAUGCAAUGCAAAGCCCUGUUCGGUCUCUCGAUAAAUGCCGCCGAACCUGACUGAAAGAUACAGUCCGACUCGCUGUUUACCACUGAUUCAUCCCUUCCAAGUGCUCCACAUCACAGGCGAGGAGGAAGACAGUCUUUAGCUGUCAGAAAUGGCCCUAAAUUUAGGAAAAGCAGAAGAUGUGGUUGACGAGGUCCUGCGCAAGGGGAAGAGAAUUCUGCCUCACAUCACCAGAGUGUGUCUGAUUUCGACCUUUUUAGAAGAUGGUAUCCGCAUGUGGGUACAGUGGUCAGAACAGAGGGAAUACAUGGAUAUCUCUUGGGGAUGUGGCUGGUUUCUGGCCACAAUGUUCGUCUUAAUAAACUUUGUCGGACAACUCGGUGGCUGCACCAUGGUCCUUUUGAGAAAACACGUCCCUAUUGCCUGUGGCAUCCUUUUCUUCAUUGUCUGCUUGCAGACUGUUGCCUACAGCAUUCUGUGGGACCUCCAGUUCUUGUUCAGAAACUUAGCCCUGGUUGGUGCCCUUCUUCUGGUUUUGGCCGAGAGCAGAGAAGAUGAAGGAAGAGGACUGUUUGCAGGAUUGCCCAGUGUUGGAGAAAAUAAGCCGAAGAACUACUUGCAGUUGGCUGGUCGCAUUUUGGUUGUUUUCAUGUUCGCCACACUGCUUAGACUGGAAAUUUCGUUCAUGCAGAUUCUGCAGAACAUAGUAGGUUCAGUGCUGAUGGUGCUUGUGACCAUAGGCUACAAGACCAAGCUGAGUGCGUCCAUCCUUGUUGUGUGGCUUCUUGUCCUUAACUUCUGGAUGAACGCCUGGUGGACGAUUCCAGCUUACAAGCCAAUGCGUGAUUUCCUUAAAUACGAUUUCUUCCAGACCCUUUCCGUAAUUGGUGGUCUAUUAAUGGUGGUGACUCAGGGUCCAGGUGGUGUGUCGAUGGAUGAGCACAAGAAAAAGUGGUAACUUGAGCGCCCAACACGUGCAAGUGCUUGAUAAUUUCGUAAAAUCAAGCCAACCUGCCAUUUUAAAUUGGCAGCUCAGGACUGCUUUUAGAAUUUAACUUGCGAGCAUUGGCAUGACCCUAAUUUGGAGUUAUCAGACUACCAAACUCGAGAUCAGUUGUUACCCUUGAGAAGCGUAAUCUUUUAACCCCAGAUUAAACUUUGUUGGUGCUUUGUAAUCUAUAUAAAUGAAAGAAUAUUGAAUGUUUUUAUCGUCAAGAACCAGAAAUAACUACAGACAACUAGAAGAUGCCACACAUUCCGCAUUUUAUACUCUUGCUAAUCGCUAUCUUGGAACCUUGCCGCUCGAAAUCAUUGGGUUGUCUAGUCUGGCAUGAUAUUACAUUGAGGUCAGUGUAAGUUCCAGUGAGAGACGUCUGAUUUCUGGUUUUAAAUUUUCAAAUGGAGUGUUUCUGUUCUUGUUAUGUAUUUAAACAUAUGGCUUACUUCAGCAAAAUCACAAACAUUCCUGCUCAACAGAAGUUGUUUAAUUCAAGUACAUGCUUCCUGUCCAGCGCUAUAUAUUUUAGUGAUUCUUUAUUAAAUAACUGGAAAAUGUUAAUUGUCUUCUGAUUUGUGUUCAUGCCACAAUUUUUCGUAUGGAAAUUUCUGAAAUGCAUGGUGAAGGAUUGCUAUGUGAACAAAUAAAGGCAAAAUCUUUUUUAACA